AGAGACCGGGAGAGAGAGAGAGAGAAAGACAUCAGACAGAGAAGACAAACUUUUGGUCUUGUUCGCUGUAUACUGCUUAAGGUAGGAUUCAUUACUUAAUUAUGUACUGUACAGUUUUCAGGUCAAAUUCAAUGUAUUUCAAUAGCAUUAUUGCGACUUACAUUAUAGAUGAAGGUUGUUAAUUUGAUCACCCUUUUGCAUGAGAACUUGCCUUCAAUGCAGGAAAUGUAAAACUUGUAGUGUAUUUGAGGUUUUAAAAGGCAUCUGAAGUUUUCAGACUUGAUUGUCCCUUAUGAAAAAUGUAUCAACCAAUACAAAAAUAAUUAUUCAAAUUUCCUGUUGUUGCAGGAUUAUUUUCCUGCUGUAGCAAACUGGCUCAAAUUAAGAUCCUAUAUUUGUAUACUUCUAUACACUUUUUUUGUGGUGGCACCUUGCAUACACCUGUCUCUGUAGCGACACAACCUAUACCCAUGGGAGCACUCUAGCACAUUGUUUCUUUACAAAAUUCUAUAUAUUUUUUAUUAUUAGAGCUUUAAUGAGAAGUUAGCAUGGAUGUCCUUCCAAGACAUGUAAACUGGUUUGACAUCUGUAUGGUCAACAGACAUAAGCUGCAGUAGCGGUGCGUGGGUAAAAUCACUGGGGAAACCAAAACAUAUUACAACCUGUGUUGUGGUAAUUGUGUUGUUUGCGCUAUAACCUGUUAAUUCAUAUGCCUUGUGACCGUGAUAAUAAGGGCUAAAGGCUGAGACAAUAAGAAGACACAGUGGCAGAAUAAAUUCAACCACACCUUUGUUUUAUCACAAAACCGGAUAGCACCCUCUGUCCAGUGAAGUCCACAAAGCAUAUUGCAUGUACAGUAACAGACAGUUACAUGACCUACAACAUGGUCAAGCAAGUUAAUGUUUCCAACAUUUUCGGACCACUAAACAACUAUUGAUUUAGAACCACAGAGUUACCGCAUGUCCCAAAGAAAACAGGAGCUGCAUCCAUUAUUCCAGCACCAUUUCAACAUGUCAACAUCAUCAAAUCACCUCUGCUUAGUCAAAUACAGUGACAACUAAAAGAUACCAAAAAUGAUUUAGUCCAAUCAACUUAAGCUAAAUAUGAUGUGGCUGUCCAUGGUUCUGAUUUUAGCUAGCUGGCUAGCUAGCCACUGUAGGACAACAUCACAACGAGAUGCAACAAUUCAAGUUUUUCUGUCAAUGACGUAUGCUCUCAAUGGGAUUUGAUAGGAGUGACGCCAAAUCCAAGCUGGCUUCCCUUGACACUUUUCUUUGGUGCGACAGGACCAUUCACAGUUGAGCUCGCUCAGUUUAGCUCAACGCUGAUUAGCUAAUUUUUUAUACUUUUUUUGUCAAGGGAGGCCAGAUGCUUGCUGGCUUCCCUUGCCUUGAGUGCUACGGGAAGCAACAAUGUCAUACUUGUUUGGACCAGACAGCAUCAGAUAGAUGGCCUACACGUAGAGAGACAGAGGGGCGCUGUUUCGCUCGCUCGGAUGCUUUCGCCUGUGAGAUACAUUCAGCCUCUUGCGAAUUGAAGGAAAAUUAUAAAACACAGAGAGACUAAAUAAAAAUAUUGGUCCAUUGUUUUGGGAAGCCUGACUUCCCUUGGCAUCCAUGAAUACUUGGUAAGCUGUAGGGUAGGGUAUGACAACAUGUAUUUGGGCAUUUAUUUUUGGACAGUCAAGAAGUACAUGUAUUAGACUUGAAUACGUCUAAAGGUAAUAACAGGGACAAAUGUUAUUGUAUUAUCUUGAGAGUCUAUACAUCUUGACUUUGGCCUUAGCUAAUCCAUGCUACAAUAGGGUCAUUUGUUGACUAAUGUAAGUUUGUGCGCACACACACACACACAGCUACAGUGCCUUCAGAAAGUAUUCAUACGCCUUUACUUAUUCCAAAUGUUGUUGUGUUACAGCCUGAAUUCAAAAUGUAUUCAAUAUAUUUUCUCACCCACAAUACACCAUAAUGACAAAGUGAAAACCUGUAAACAACUUAUUGAAAAUGAAAUACAGAAAUGUCUCAUUUACAUAAGUAUUCACACCCCUGAGUCAAUACAUGUUAGAAUCACCUUAGGCAGCGAUUACAGCUGUGAGUCUUUCUGGGUAAGUCUCUACGAGCUUUGAACACCUGGAUUGUACAAUAUUUGUCCAUUAUUCUAUUAAAAAUUAUUCAAGCUCUGUCAAAUUGGUUGUUGCGAGACAACCAUUUUCAAGUCUUGCCAUAGAUUUUCAAGCCGAUUUAAGUAAAAACUGUAACUAGACCACUCAGGAACAUCCAAUGUCAUCUUGGUAGCAACUGCAGUGUAUAUUUGGCCUUGUGUUUUAGGUUAUUGUCCUGCUGAAAGGUGUUGGGUGGAAAGCAAACUGAACCAGGUUUUCCUCUAGGAUUUUGCCUGUGCUUAGCUCCAUUCUUUUAUUUUUUUUUAUCUUAAAAAACUCCCCAGUCCUUAAUGAUGAAAAGCAUACCCAUAACCAAUGUUCCCUCUUAGCUGCACGCAUGCGCAGGCACGCAGCUCCCCUCAGACUGCUGUGCAGAAUAAAUAAUCAGCCAGCGCAGAGAAGCACGAGAUUGAACUUUCUAGAGUUUUCCCCUUUAGUUAACACUAUCAAUGUUUCGCUCUACUGUGCUCGAUACGCAAAGCCCCCCCAGAUAGUCGACCUUACCACCCGUUGGGGCAUUUUAGUCGAGACUGCAUUCACGUAAAUGCUGCAGAUGUCGGAUCAAUAUGAAUUAACCUUUACAUUUCUAGCACGCUAUCUGAAACGCUUCAGCGAUACAGAUUGAAUAGAGCCCCAAGUUAUUUUGUUUCAGUACACAUUGAAAUAGUCUAAGUUCUUUAUGGCCCGAUUGUUUAUUAUAAGAGUGAUCUGGGUCCUCUUGAUUGACAGUUUGGCCUUGGAGAGGUAAAAAGGUUUCUCUCCUACCAGUUGUUGGUAUAGCGGUCUGUCAGUCUCAUGUACUUCUCCCUCUUCUGUGAGAGGGUGUGACUCCACUAGCUUACAUGACAUUGGCUGAACUUUGCCUAUGCUGUAGGGUGCUCAAGAGACCGGAGAGAGAGAGAGAAAGACAUCAGACAGAGAAGACAAACUUUUGGUCUUGUUCGCUGUAUAAUACCGCUUAAGGUAGGAUUCAUUACUUAAUUAUGUACUGUACAGUUUGCAGGUCAAAUUCAAUGUAUUUCAAUAGCAUUAUUGCGACUUACAUUAUAGAUGAAGGUUGUUAAUUUGAUCACCCUUUUGCAUGAGAACUUGCCUUCAAUGCAGGAAAUGUAAAACUUGUAGUGUAUUUGAGGUUUUAGCCUGUGAAUUCUAUCAUGUUGAUCAAUUUAGCUCUUGGCAAAUAGAUAUUGCAUUAGAUCUGUGAUUCACUUGAAAGGACUGUGUUUUAGCAUGGUCACAAGUAGAUGACUAUUUGGUAUAAAAAACGAGCUGCAUGUAGCCACCUGUGCACAUUUGAUCAUAUUAUUUGCUAGUUAGUGAGUUAUUAGCCCAGUUCUAGAUAAUUUCUAGUCAACAAUGGGGGUGGUUGCUUCCUACAAGAGCACAAAAUGUGUGCAUUUCUAGCCAUCUUUGAAAAGCAAGUCAGGUAAAGACCUUUUUUAUGUCUUAAAGGGGCAGUGUUGUAUUUCGAGACGGUAUUGAAUAAGCUAAGUAGCCAAUAGAAAGAGGGUAGCAUAAUUUGUCUGUUUCUCUCUAAUAAUGGUAUGGGAAUUUUUUAAGUGGUUUCUUGCAUCAAACAACAACAUUUUCAGUCACCUCCUUGUCUGAACGACAAGUGGAUAAACAGGUUAAUGUCAAGCCCUGCAUGUUUUUUUCAAAAGUCUCAUGGAAUGUAGACCUACACUGAACACCACACAUUUGCUGCUACUGACAGAACAGAUAUGUCCAUGUUAAAAUAUAUGGGAUGCAUUUUUCUUCAUUGUUUUUUAUGGUAGGCCACUCUUGUAGGCCUACAUUAUGAUCAAAUAGCCACAGCAGCCUACUUGACCACUGUUAAAACUGUAACUUAAAGCGGGUACAGCCUCAGUGUUCACAGUAAACACGCGCCGGAAGUUGCACAGAAUUUUCACAAUGUUCAACUUUGCGCUUAGCAGACCAGAAAUUUGCUCAGUGCCAAAAAGAAAUUGAGGGAACAUUGCCCAUAACAUGAUGCAGACACCACUAUGCUUGAAAAUAUGGAGAGUGGUACUCAGUAAUGUGUUGUAUUAGAUUUGCCCCAAACAUAACAUUUUGUGUUCAGGACAAAAAGUGAAUUGCUUUGCCAAUUCUUUUUGCAGUAUUACUUUAGUGCCUUGUUGCAAACAGGAUGCAUGUUUUGGAAUAUUUUUAUUUUGUAAAGGUUUCCUUCUUUUCACUCUGUCCUUUAGGUUAGUAUUGUGGAGUAACUACAAUGUUGUUGAUACAUCCUCAGUUUUCUCUUAUCACAGCCAUUCAACUAUGUAACUGUUUUAAAGUGACCAUUGGCCUCAUGGUGAAAUCCUUGAGAGGUUUCCUUCCUCUCCGGCAACUGAAUUAGGAAGGACACCUGUAUGUUUGUAGUGACUUGGUGUAUUUAUACACCAUCCAAAGUGUAAUUAAUAACUUCACCAUGCUCAAAGGGAUAUUCAAAGUCUGUUUGUUUUUUUACCCAUCUACCAAUAGGUACCCUUCUUGGCGAGGCAUUGGAAAACCUCCCUGCUAUUUGUGGUUGAAUCUGUGUUUGAAAAUUCACUGCUCGACUGAGGGACCUUACAGAUAAUUGUAUGUGUCGGGUACAGAGAUGAUGUAGUCAUUCAACAACAGUCAUUCAUAUUAAACACUAUUAUUGCAUACAGAGUGAGUCCAUGCAACUUAUUAUAUGAUCUGAACUUAUUUAGGCCCCACUUUGAUAUUAUGUGGUAUUGUGUGUAGGCCAGUGACAAAAAAAUCUCAAUUUUAUCAAUUUCAUAUUCAGGCUGUAACACGACAAAAUGUGGAAAAAGUCAAGAGUGAAUACAUUCUGAAAGCACUGUAUGUCUUACUAUACUUUUUGCGGACCAACAAUUGAUUCCCAUUCAAAAACCUAUUUUCCCUAACCCCUAACCCUAACUCCUAACCCUAAACCAUAACCUUAACCCCUAACCCUCAUUCUAACCCUAACCCCUAAACCUAAUUCUAAAUCUAAACCUAACCCCUAAGCCUAAAAUAUACUUUUUACAAAUGAUGACCGGCCAAAUGUCCUCACUUCUCUGAAUUUUUGUUGGUUUACUAUUCUUGUGAGGACUUCUGGUACUCACAAGUAUAGUAAAACAUGUACACACACACACGCACCAGUGUGAGGUAAUACAUUAGUGGGGGGCGAGGAGAUUUGUGUAUCUCGUCCCCCACAGAUCGCUCCUCUCCUCUCUCAGCCAAUGAGCAAAGCCGAUACCAGGAAGUAUCGCUAAAAAGAGCUUAUCAGGUGUACACAGUCCACCGUUACACACGUGGUCACACGUACGCACACACACACACACACACACACACUUCAGGCUGCCUUAGAACUCUUGGGACAGUAUGUAAUGCACUGACGAGCAGUUAUGUAUCUAGGUUAUCUUAGCAUUACCAUCUUUCACAAAACUUCUCUCUGUACUUUUCAGAUGGUCCUCGCCCCCCAUAAAGUUAUUUUAAACUCAAAAUGGCUGUAUAUUUGCUGAAGAGCAUAUUCUGGAUUGAGCCAAAAGUCUUGGAAUCUCAGUGAAGGUUUGGACUUGGUUUACUCCUGAAAGGCCAAUUUGUCUAGUAUUGUGCACCUGACAUGAUUAGUUACAGUAAAUGCUGAUGUGUGCAUAUCUGUGUCAGCAGGGUUACAAUGAUGAGAAUCAGGGGCGGACUGGGACCAAAAAUCGGCCCUGGGAUUUCUAACGCAUUUUUUCCUUGACUCCCCCUCACCGGCCCAUUUUUUCCCUUGAGUCCCCAAUUAUUAGCCAGAUAAUUAUCAUUUUGCGGAAAAAACAACCAAGAUAGACAGGCCCACUAGGCUAAAAUUGGACCAGCCCAUCAGGCAUUUUCCCAUAAUGCCAGAUGGCCAGUCUGCCCCUGAUGAGAAUGGUGAAAUGAGGGAUAUUUCUGUCUAUGUCUAUUUAAAUGACAGAAUGUUGAACAGAGUGGAAGUUUCCAGGGGUUAUAGAUUUUACUCAUUAGCCCACAUGCUUGAAUAGCAGUCCGCAUGUUAUGCUAUGCCGUUGUGCCAAAAGUAUUAUAGAGAUUCUUAGGAAUUACAGCUAGUUGCCUUGUGUGACAGAGUAGUUUGUCUUUUUAUACAGCUGUUAAAUGAAGAAGGUAUCUGUUUUCAUUCUCCGAGAGUAUCUAAUAUCCUGCUCUAGUGCCAGUACUCCCACCUCCAGAUGAGUUGUGUGAGAAAGGAGUGAACACAUUCCUCUCUCAUUCCCUCAUCAUGCUUCUUCUGAUAUCCUCUGACUAAGUAGGCCCUUUGAAAAGGAAUUGGAGCCUAACACUCUAGUUACACCAUAUAGAUGGUUAAGAUUAAACCACUGCUUGAAGAAAUUAAAAACUGUUGAUAGUCAAUAACUAUAAUCAUAAUUUGCAUUUGUGUUGCACCCGCCAUUGAGUGCAAAUAUGACUUGACUGUGGUUUCCUGAAACUCUCCAUAAGUAAAAGGUAAUAUAAAAUCUUGACUAACAUAAAAAGUAUGCCAAUAUAUAUCUGUCCAUGUAUUAUGAAUCAGAACGUUUAGGCAAAGACAGGAGCAGAAUGGUUUUAUAGAUCUUCACAUCACAGCAAUAUAUCUGGUAAUCUUCCAUACAGAAACUCCAAAGUUCGCAAAAAUAGAUAAGAUGUUUGACUGAGACGAUUGAACCUCAUAUGAAAUUCCCAUGCAUUUGAGGGUUGACAUGCUGCGAAAAAAAAUUGAGGUAUUGGAUGAUGUUACAUGUUUAUUUUAGCAGACGCUUUUAACCCUAAUUGCUCAUGUAAGUCGCUCCGGAUAAGUGCCUUGCUCAAGGGCACAGACAGAUUUUUCACCUAGUCGGCUCGGGGAUUAGAACCAGCGACCUUUCGGUUACUGGCACUACGCUCUUAACCACUAAGCUACCUGCCUUCCCAUUUUGCAGGUACAGUGAGGGAAAAAAGUAUUUGAUCCCCUGCUGAUUUUGUACUUUUGCCCACUGACAAAGACAUGAUAAAUAAUAAUAUAAAUAAUUGGUCAUUUAGCAGACGCUCUUAUCCAGAGCGACUUACAGGAGCAAUUAGGGUUAAGUGCCUUGCUCAAGGGCACAUCGACAGAUUUUUCACCUAGUUGGCUCGGGGAUUAGAACUAGCGACCUUUCGGUUACUGGCACAACGCUCUUAACCACUAAGCUACCUAAUUUUAAUGGUAGGUUUAUUUGAACAGUGAGAGACAGAAUAACAACAACAAAAUGCAGAGAAACGCAUGUCAAAAAUAUUAUAAAUUGAUUUGCAUUUUAAUGAGGGAAAUAAGUAUUUGACCCCUCUGCAAAACAUCACUUAGUACUUGGUGGCAAAACCCUUGUUGGCAAUCACAGAGGUCAGACGUUUCUUGUAGUUGGCCACCAGGUUUGCACACAUCUCAGGAGGGAUUUUGUCCCACUCUGCUUUGCAGAGUUUCGAGGCUGACGUUUGGCAACUCGAACCUUCAGCUCCCUCCACAGAUUUUCUAUGGGAUUAAGGUCUGGAUUCUGGCUAGGCCACUCCAGGACCUUAAUGUGCUUCUUCUUGAGCCACUCCUUUGUUGCCUUGGCCGUGUGUUUUGGGUCAUUGUCAUGCUGGAAUACCCACCACCCAACACCCCCAAAGCAUAAUGUUUCCACUUCCAUGUUUGACAGUGGGGAUGGUGUUCUUGGGGUCAUAGGCAGCAUUCCUCCUCCUCCAAACACGGCGAGUUGAGUUGAUGCCAAAGAGCUCGAUUUUGGUCUCAUCUGACUACAACACUUUCACCCAGUUCUCCUCUGAAUCAUUCAGAUGUUCAUUGGCAAACUUCAGACAGCCCUGUAUAUGUGCUUUCUUGAGCAGGGGGACCUUGCGGGCACUGCAGGAUUUCGGUCCUUCACGGCGUAGUGUGUUACCAAUUGUUUUCUUGGUGACUAUGGUCCCAGCUGCCUUGAGAUCAUUGACAAGAUCCUCCCGUGUAGUUCUGGGCUGAUUCCGCACCGUUCUCAUAAUCAUUGCAACUCCACGAGGUGAGAUCUUGCAUGGAGCCCCAGGCCGAGGAAGAUUAACAGGUCUUUUGUGUUUCUUCCAUUUGCGAAUAAUCGCACCAACUGUUGUCACCUUCUCACCAAGCUGCUUGGCGAUGGUCUUGUAGCCCAUUCCAGCCUUGUGUAGGUCUACAAUAUUGUCCCUGACACCAUUGGUCUUGGCCAUGGUGGAGAGUUUGGAAUCUGAUUGAUUGAUUGCUUCUGUGGACAGGUGUCUUUUAUACAGAUAACAAACUGAGAUUAGGAGCACUCCCUUUAAGAGUGUGCUCCUAAUCUCAGCUCAUUACCUGUAUAAAAGACACCUGGGAGCCAGAAAUCUUUCUGAUUAAGAGGGGGUCAAAUACUUAUUUCCCUCAUUAAAAUGCAAAUCAAUUUAUAAAAAUUUUUUACAUGCAUUUUUCUGGAUGUUUUUGUUGUUAUUCUGUCUCUCACUGUUCAAAUAAACCUACCAUUAAAAUUAUAGACUAAUCAUUUCUUUGUCAGUGGGCAAAUGUACAAAAUCAGCAGGGGAUCAAAUACUUUUUCCCCUCACUGUAUGCUGUAAAAUGCAUGUGACAUUUCGACAUUGACUUCCUGGUUCACGCUGAAAACACCUGAGGUUAAUACAAGAUUCCUUACCUGACUCUAGUUUCAUUGAUCAAUUUAAAUUAACUUAAAUCUGACCUGAUUGCAGUCUUGUUACCAACUUAAUAUUUCUUACCUUCUUGACAAACACAAAAAUCUGUAUCUUUGAGACCAUCUCACACAUUGGAUUGUUCUAAAUUUUACCAGUUUGAAUAUAAGGAGUUUCAUGACCUCUCUCCUUAUCAGCUAGGUUUACUGUAAAGGUGGUGUCUCACUAUCUUGAGGUAGUAGGCAUUGCAUUGAAGCCAUAAAUGUUAUUGACAAUGAUAGUGGCAUUCCACAGCAAAUCUCACGCCAUCCUCUCUUGCACAAGUUUUUAUUUCCCCUUUAAAACAGAUUCCUGUAAACCAUAAAACCCUGAAAAGUGUUAUGCAAGUAAUUUCAUUUUGGUGGCGCAAUCCAUAUUCUGUAGAUAUCUGGGAAGUGGGAAUGACAGCCAUUGUCGCUGUAUGCAAAGAUGUAGCUAUUCCAAAAGUGUCUUUAAGAUGUCGUUAUGUUUAAUUGUUAGAACUAUCAGGACAGGGGUAGCCUUGUUUAAUUGGUUGUGUCACAGGCCGGCUCAUAGGGACAUGAACAGGUAUAGGCCAAUCAAAAGGUUCUUUAUUGUAAACCAAAAACUAACUUUAAAACAAAGAAAAAGGAAUGAGGUGUGGAAAUGUCAUAAUGUAGGGUGUAGGUAAGGUGCAUGGAUGCAUGAAUCUGUGUGUGUGUGUGUGUGAACAUGACUGAGUGGAAACUAAGUAAACCUACAAAGGAACAAACAAAACAGGAUCAUACCUGGAGGAGCAGGGAGAGAGAGAGAGUGGUUAGUGAAGCAGUUUUAAAUACCCGGAGCCCAGGUGGCUCCAAUCACACCAACUCCAAUCACUAACGACCCUCCUCUGCCUGCAGGAGGAACCGCCCCUGCACUGCAGAGGAGGGGCCGUGACAGUUGAUACUGACAGGAUACAUUUGCCCGUUGACUAUUCAUCUGUCUUUAUUCUUAUGUUGCUUAAGUUUUGAUCCAUUUCCCUCUUUGUUUCUAUCGGUUGUAGAGACUCUCAGUUGCUGCAUCUGAUGAUUACCAGGAUGUGUUGACCCAGGAGGAGGGAGACCUGAUAGUGUGCCACUCUCACCAGCUUACUGCCUCAGAAAUCUCACUGUCUACACAGGAAGACGCCACAACCCAAGGAACCAUGGACAGCACACCCAGAAAGUGGCUGCUGCAGCCCAUGUCACCCAAACUGGAGCAGGUAACAGAUCUUCACACUAUGCUCAGCCCCACCACCGACGAGCCCUUGAGCCUGGACCGGAGCUGGACCUACAACAGGAAUGGCAACUCUUCUGCUUUCAGUUUCGACAGCAUCUCCGUAAACCACACCCGGUCCACGGUUGUCGUAUCUUCCCAGCAGGAGGAGGUGUCAUCCCGGGACGUGGUGGUGCAGGCCAGGCAGGUGGCGGUGUCGGAGGAAAACGGUGGCAUCACUAGCGAAGACUGGCAAGCCAGCAGCCCUAGCAGUCCCAGCAGCACGGGCUCCCAUUGCGGCUUCUACUCGUUCGUGGACAAUCCUGCAAGCCCCGAGGCGGAGCUGAAUGAAGCCUGGAUGGUGUCCCCGGAAAGACAAGCCACCCUGAAAGAGGAGAGCAGCUUCAAACUGCAGACGUACACCGGUGGGAAGAAGCCAGGGAGUCUUUUCGAGGAGGACGAGGAAUCCCGCUACCAGGUGAACACAGACAAUGGUGCCCAAUUGAAGGCAGAGGAGGAGGAGAAGCAGCUUAGGCAGGAGAUCAUCCAUGGUCAUGCCCCCAACAAGACUGCCACCUACAGGGAGCAGUGGAGUGCGCUGGUAACCCAGGAUCUCAGCAAGUCACCCAACAAGCUGCUGGAAGGGUUCAGCUUGAGCUACGGUCCAACCAGUAGAAAAUCUGAGCCCACACCAGCAGCCGAGGCUGGCACCAUUGACAAUGAGCAGAUCAACUUCAGCGCAGCACGGGAGCAGUUCCUAAAGAUGGAACAGUCAAGGCUCAACCCCUUUCUGCAGAGUCCCAGCUCUCCAAAACCACAAGGACGACCGUGGCAGUCAGAAGACAGCUUGCUAUCACCAAGGAGUGUGAAAAAAGAAGACCACUCUACGGUAUGGUUGAACCAAAGUCCAACCCCAGUGAAACAGCAGGAUGAAGGGGAAGUCAUCACUGGCAGAAAGGUGACAGUAUACCGCACAGAGGAGAACGUAACCAAGAGGCAGAGUAGCCUGCUUUACGACCUUGACUCUGGACUGGAGGAUCUAUCAGGGGACCCCAGUGUUGGCUACACAAGUGAUGGAAGCACAUCCAACGACAACUCUCAACCAGAAAGCAAGGCCACCCAACCGGCAAGUGGUUACAGAGAGACGCCCAUUGAGAGGGAGAUUCGUAUCGCUCAGGAGAGAGAGGAGAGCCUUCGGAAAUUGCGGGGCAUCAAGCACACCGAUGUCCAGGAGAUGGUGGAGAUCAAGACCAAGUCUCUGCUCUCCCAGCCUGCACCACCACUGACACCUGUCAAGGCCAAAGAGAAAAAUCGGGUGAGCUUCUUCAUCCAGCGCGAGAUCGAGAAGGACAGCCAGAGGGAAGAGGACCUGCUGCACCAGGGGAGGGUCCCAGGUCUGUACGACCGGGGAACUCCCCAGGAACUGGAGGAUAGGAAGAAGAUCUUUGAGCUGCCGGACCAAUCUGGAGCAGAGGAGAAGAGGAAAAGGGCUUGGUCUUCGCCCGGGGUCAUUGUGAGGAGUAGCAGCUCAAAUAUGGAAGGCAUCCCUUCCCCAUAUUUCCCUCACCGGCACUCAGAAGAGACGGAGUUGUACAUCAGCUGCAUGAACUCCACUCCAAGCGUCAAUACCACCAGCAAAGGCUGGGGUUCAGAGUCCCAAGACCUCACCAGAGUACUGCCAAGUAGCCUCCCAGAGGAGAGUGGGACAUUUAAAGGCCAUGAGACCACAAAGGCGGCAAGCUCUAAAGUCACAGUAUUGGUGAAGACGACCAGUACCAGCGAAGUAGUAAAUGACCCGUUGUGGUUUGUGGGAAGAAAGGAGCCAGUUCCAACCAAAGGCUCCUCGGCUAAAGAAGCCUCCUUUUUGUCCUCUCCCUCCUCCCCUACACCCACCGCUUCUGCAGUUCAGGGGUCUGAGCCGAGUGAUAAGCUUAUUCGAACCUGGAAGGCGCACCUGAAUUCUGGUGGCCUGCGACCUCGAAGAACAAACGCUCCAGAUAUUAUCCAGAAGGAGAUUGAGCAGGAUCUAAAACGGGAGCAGGAGCUCCGGGAACUCCGGGAAUCCUGUGGCCUGUCUGCCUCUAUGGAAGGAAACCUGGACUGUGUAGGACGAGACGCUAAAGACACAUAUCAAUCGCAAAGCCCGCAAAGGGUCAUCGUGGAACAGGAACAGGAAGACUCUGUCUUCUAUGAGAGCCCUUCACGUCUUGUAGAGCAGACAAGCUUGGCCAGACGGCCCUACUCCUUUAUCACUCCAGUAUCAAUGAUAGGUAGGAUGGUACAUUAAUCCAUACACAAAUCUAUACAGUUACAUAACGUUACAAAACAAUGUAACACAGGAAUAAUUAAUGAUGGCAAUAUCUUAUACAUGUUUUUGGCUUGAUUUAAGUAAAUCUCUACAUGCAUCAACUGUCAAAUGUCCUCACAUUUCUAGCUUUAAGUGGAUGUAGCAUUACAGUCUUGUUUACUGAUGGCUUUCUUAGACUGGUGGAAAUUACAAGCUUAAUUAGAACUUGAACUUUGGUCAUAUAUGGGCAGAGGAACCAAAGCUGUGUUACCAGCCAUGAUUAAUCAUUAACACGGAGCAAAACAGAUCGCUGUGAGGUUGUUGUAUAAUUACUCCAGUUAGGUUUUUUGCUGCUUUUCCUUAGAGUUGAUGCACUGACAUUUAGUGAUUAAGAUCACAUUAUGGCAAGAUAAUCUAAAAUGUCUAGCCUACCAGUGUCCAUUUUCAUAGGGAGUCAGAAGUGUGUACAAUGCUAAGAAUACAAUUAUCAUUAUGUAGUUUCAUGUUGCAUUCAAUUUACACUUCAAAUGUACUCUAUCAUUAAUAACACAAUUACAAGCAUGUAUGUGUUAACUCAUUAUCCCCUCCCCCCUCCAGAUAAAACAGACAGCGCAGAUCCCUUUUCCCCUUCCAUUCGUCCCACUGCCCGACUUCCCUCCUUUUCCAUAGUGACCGCCCAGCCAUGGGGCUCUCCACGGCCCACCUCCCCCGUGGUUAGCAGGGCUACCCCUAUGUUGCCUGCCAGCCCAUGGGCAGAGAUAGGUGGCUCCCCUGGGACACCCACGCAAAAGGGCCUGACCGAGACACUGCUAGAGGAUUUUGAGGAGAGGAGAGUCAAACUGAAGCUGGAAGAGAACGCUGUAAGUGAGAAAAGACUGUAGUUGGACACAGAUGGUGUUGUUGAUGUCUACAGACACAUUGAAAAUUCAUUAUAGACACACAUAAGACAAAAACAUUUAGGCACACAGUUUGGAAAGAAAUACAGCAAUGCAAUACGCCUACAAAAAAAAAGAGUACCGAUGGUGAUGGAGAAACCAAGUACAUCUUGUGAGAUUUCUCAACUCAUAGGUUUUGUAUACUACAAUAAUUGCUAGUUGCUCAUUUGGAAAAUGUAUUUUGUGUUUCCUGCAGUAUGCAGGAAUUCAGCGCAUUGAUGAUGUGAACAGUGAGGUAAGUGGUUGCUCCUCUCUCUGUUGAUGUGCGUUGAAUCAUUGGUCAUUUGUCUCAGAGAAGGACCUUGAGCACACGUCCAAUAUAACAUUGCUGCUAUUUCUUCCAUUGUAGGUCUUGGAGGCCACCCGCAUCACCAGGCACAAAAACAAGCGGGCACUGCGGUGGGAGGCUGGCGACUACACCAAGGAGGACGGCCAAUGAGUCCACCAGCCCUCUCCCCUGGAGGGCAUGGUGAGAGAGGGUAGAAAGGAAGCGAGAUUAACAACACACAGGCAUCUUAGGGAAGUUGUUGUCCCAUCUCAGCACAUAUGAAUAUACUCUCUGACUACACACUACCAAACUGGCUGGACAUAUUGAUUGGUCCACUUUGUGAUAAACUCCCCGUUCAUCCACAUCAGCCACCUGAACAUCGCCCCCGACUAGAGUAAGUGACCUUCCACGAUUUAUAAAAGAAAAAAGACAAGUGAACUGAAAAAAAUAUUUAAUAAAGACAGGACAGGUUUUAGCUGCGGCAUAGUUUUUUUGUCCAAAUGCCAUCGGAGAUGGAUUGUAAACGGAAGGUAAUUUAAAAGGAGUUCUGUGCCUGCUUAGAAUGCAUUGCCUUGUUUUGGGAUGAAACGGCUAUGGUCAGGUUGCAGGUCCGAAUCAUUAGCGUAUGAGUUAUUUUUAAGUCUGGCAGUCACUGGCUGCUAGGUAACUUUGAUUAGGCCUAUCUGCCUUCAAAUGACUGCAUAGAAAAUAAAGGAGGGAGCUUUUUUUGUCAUGUCAGUUGUGCUUUGCAAAGCAAAAACAAGCAAGAAACCAUCAUCAGAUAUCCAUGAUGUAUUUAGUACGGAGCACUUGCAGUACUGUCUUCAAGAAAUGUUGACUUUAGCCUGAUAAUUAAUAUAAUAAUAUAAUAAAUAAAGAGCUACAGCAGA